AUGUUGAACGCUACCGUUCGUCAUAAUCGAUCGUUAUAUCGAUUAUCCACUUUAUCCUAUCACACAUCAGCGAUAUUGAAUGCCGCCUCUCAACCAGCAGCACCACAACAAGCCGGUCCAGGGCAUUUUGGAUUUUAUCGUCAAGUAGAACUAUUUUAUGAUCGUGCUGCUUCAAUUCUCGAAGAUAAAUUAGUCGAUGAUAUGGUUAAAUCAAAAUUACCGGAUGAUAUGAAACGUAAAAAAGUCAAGGGUAUCUUGAAAAUCAUUAAACCAUGCAAUCACGUUUUGGAAAUGCGCUUUCCCAUACGCAAGGAUAAUGGAGAAUUACACAUGAUUGAAGCAUAUCGUGCACAACAUUCUCAACAUCGUACACCAUGUAAAGGUGGUAUUCGUUAUUCAUUGGAUGUGAACUUAGAUGAAGUAAAAGCUCUAGCUGCAUUGAUGACAUAUAAAUGUGCUUGUGUGGAUGUACCAUUUGGUGGUGGUAAAGCUGGUGUGAAAAUCAACCCAAAAGAUUGGUCCGAAGGUGAAUUAGAACGUAUCACUCGUCGAUUAACAGUCGAAUUGGCAAAGAAAGGUUUCAUUGGACCCGGUAUCGAUGUUCCAGCUCCAGAUAUGGGCACAGGUGAACGUGAAAUGGCUUGGAUUGCUGAUACUUACGCAUCAACAGUUGGCUGGGAAGAAAUUCAUGCCAAUGGUUGUGUCACUGGUAAACCAAUUCUGGUCGGAGGUAUUCAUGGUCGAACAUCAGCCACUGGUCGUGGUCUCUACCAUGGUGUCGAUAACUUUGCCAACGAAGCUUCGUUCAUGGGCAUGGUUGGUCUUUUACCCGGUCUUGCUGGAAAAUCGUUCAUUGUUCAAGGUUUUGGUAAUGUCGGUCUUCACUCUAUGCGUUAUUUGACACGACAUGGUGCCAGAUGUGUUGGUGUACUCGAAUGGGAUGCUGCUAUCGUCAAUCCUGAAGGCAUUGAUCCCAAAGCACUCGAAGACUAUAAACUCGAACAUGGAACAAUCAAAGGUUUUCCUGGCGCUCAACCUUACGACAAACAACCUAAAGAAGAUUUGCUCUGCGAAGCGUGUGACAUUCUUGUACCAGCAGCAAGCGAAAGGCAAAUUACUACUGACAACGCACAUCGUAUCCAAGCACGCAUCAUCGCCGAAGGUGCCAAUGGUCCAACAACACCAGAAGCUGAUGUUAUCUUACUGAAGAAUAAUGUUCUAGUAAUUCCAGAUUUAUAUAUCAAUGCCGGUGGUGUCACAGUUUCUUACUUCGAAUGGUUAAAGAACUUAAGUCAUGUUAGUUAUGGUCGAUUAACAUUCAAAUAUCAACGUGAUACAAACUACUCAUUACUAGAAUCUGUUCAAAGCUCAUUAGAAGCUAAAUUCGGUCGUAUGGGAGGAAAGAUUCCAAUCCAUCCCAGUGACGAAUUUUUGAAACGCAUGGCUGGUGCAUCUGAAAAAGAUAUCGUUCAUUCGGGUCUUGAACAAACGAUGGAGAAAGCAGCACGUGCUAUCAUGCAAACAGCUAUGCGUUAUAAUCUUGGUCUUGAUAUCCGUACAGCAGCAUAUGUGAACGCUAUUGAAAAGAUUUACAAUGUUUAUGUUAGUGCUGGCAUCACAUUUGGAUCAUAG